CCGGGGCCGGGCGGCGCCUGGAGCAGGCGGGAGGGGCCCAGACGGCCGGUUGAACGGCGGCCGCAGCUGCAGCAGAACGGCCCGCCGGCGGCUUGGGGCCGCGCGCCGGGAACCUCGCGGGGCGGGCGGGCGCCGCACCCCCUGCCUGGCCGCCUGCGCCCCGGGGAGGCCGCCCGUGCGCGACGCGACCAGCAGUAUGAGCAGCGGCUACAGCAGCCUGGAGGAGGACUCCGAGGACUUCUUCUUCACCGCCAGGACCUCCUUCUUCAGGAGAGCGCCCCAGGGCAAGCCCCGCGCCGGCCAGCAAGAUGUGGAGAAAGAGAAGGAAAUUCACAAUUACCUCAGCAAAGAGGAAAUCAAAGAGAAAGUUCAUAAAUAUAAUUUAGCUGUCACAGACAAGUUGAAGAUGACCUUGAAUUCAAAUGGGAUUUACACUGGUUUCAUUAAAGUGCAGAUGGAACUCUGCAAACCUCCACAGACUUCUCCCAGCCCUGGGAAAGUCACCCCCAGCAGCAAUGGCUGUAUGAACACACUUCACAUCAGCAGCACCAAUACCGUUGGUGAAGUCAUCGAGGCCCUGCUCAAAAAGUUUCUCGUGACCGAGAGCCCAGCCAAGUUUGCACUUUACAAGCGUUGUCACAGGGAAGACCAAGUCUACGCCUGCAAGCUGUCAGACCGGGAACAUCCACUCUACCUGCGUUUAGUAGCAGGGCCCAGAACCGACACACUUAGUUUUGUUCUUCGUGAACAUGAAAUUGGAGAGUGGGAAGCUUUCAGCCUUCCAGAACUGCAGAAUUUCUUGCGCAUCUUAGACAAGGAGGAAGAUGAGCAGCUGCAGAACCUGAAGAGGCGCUAUGCAGCCUACAGACUCAAGCUGGAAGAAGCCCUUGGCGAGGUGUGGAAGCCUGGCUAAAGCAUGGGGCAUCUGUCAGGAAGGCCCCGCCUGGGACCCAUGUUCGAAGAGCAGCCAGUGCCUCUCUUCAGAGAGCUGUUUUCUUGCCCCAUGAUGCUAGGGUCUUCCCCUUUUAUCUCUAGAUUUAGUUCCCAAAGCCUGGUCACGCAGCAUCCCAUACCUCAUGCAUCCUGUGUAAGGGACUCUGCAAGCUUGUUCUGUUAAAGCAUGGUGGUGUUACCUCUUGCAAGCUGUGAACCUGUAGGCAUCAGGAGCAUUCUGGAGUGCUUGGAAGCAUGAACUCUGGGUUGGUUUUUCUUACUUUCUUCUAGUUAUUUUUAUUAUGUGUUGAUGUUAAGCUUUAGGAUGUGCAAAUGAGUUUUUAAAAGCUUAACAAGGAAUCUCUCUGGAUACUUGUCCUAUGUUGAAACUACCUGUCUGUUUUUUGUUUUCUAACAGUCAGAGGAAUCUAUCCAUGUGAACUGAAGGCACAGGAAUCUAGGAACUCUGGGGAAUUUGGGAAGGAUUUUGUAGGAGUUUGAUAAAGAAAGUAAAAGCAAGUUUGGAAAAAGGCUUGUGUAGAGGUGAGGGCUUUGAGGGCUGAGGAAAGCGGCAGCGGUUAGGUUGGUGGUAGAAGAGAACGGUGUUAUUUGCUUGUAAAUGAAUUAAAAGCAUUCAGUGUGGAGAUGUUAAACCCGUUUUAGGAUUGUUUGAUUUCCAAUGAGUAAAAGGUGGGGACAGAGCUGAGGUAGGAACUAACCCCAAGGAGGGACCCAGGAACUCUGCAGUUAACUGGAGAAUUAGGCAGGUGGACAGAGGUGGGCCCAACUUGGGUCUCAUGCAGCUGCAUCCGACCCCUCUGUGCUUGGGACACCUGAUUUUCCCCUUUUGAAGUGGAAGGUCCUACUGGUAUGCCUGCUCUGGGUAGGUGGGGCCUGGUCAGUUAAAUUUAUGUAAUAUAGUCCCCGUGUCCCCUCCCCCCCCACCCCCCCCGCCAGAGGUUGUUUCAAAGUUGAAAAGGAGUUUGGAUAAAGGUAGCUGUUUUCUCCCCGAUUAUCAGCUAGGAGGUUUAUCAAGUACAGGGCUCACAGCAAACUUGUGACAAUCAUUCCCUUCCCUUUUAUUCCACCCUUCCUUUUUCUCUUCAUCCGUUCUUCCUUCCUUUUCUUCCUCUCCUCUCUCCUUUCCCCUCUCCCUUUCUUCUGUUCUCACAUGCUAUAGAGCAGGGAUGGUGAGUACAGACCCAGCACUACCACAUCAUUCUCAUUUCUGAAGGACUUGCUACACAGAGGAGGGCCCUCAGGAGCAGGGAACACACCCAGCUGACCACACACCGGGUGUUCGUAGUGGAACUAUUUAACAAAAGUGCAUGUUCCUUUCAACCAAAGAAGUGCAUGUGCAAUAGAAGCCUUCCUUAAUACAGGCAAAAUAACCUCAUCUUCUGUAGCGACUUAGAAAUCUGAGAACAGAGGGAAAGGUGUGCUGUGGUUCCAGUGUGGCCUUACAGUCACUGUUUAUAGUCUAGAUUUGUUUGUUUGUUUAUAAAUUCCCAAGGAAUUGUUAACACGUUGGUGACACCUAAUGGAUUCUUUUUGAAAUUCCAAGGUGCUUCAGUUCUUUGCCUUGUUAGUGAACUGUGCCUUUUACUGCAUAUCUGUUCCCUCUUGGUGGCUCUUCUGACUUUUCAGAGAAUACCCAUCUUGUUGGAGGCAGAUUGACAUGUUGAUUACACUGUGCCACAUAAGUUACUGAGACAAUCAAAUCUUCCUAAGCUUUUAAGGAAAGUUGUGGGGGGAAAAAUAGAACUAGCUAUAAAAUAUGCAUGGCACACCUUGUUUAAUUUUGCAUGUAACUUCUUUUUAGUGCAUCAGUGAGGUUUUAGUGACAUCGUCAUCCAAUACUUGGCCUUUAUUGUUCAGGGAAUGCCUUCAUGAUUUUAAUACUGGUUUUCCUAUUCAGACUAUGGAUUGGGUUUGAAUAUACUGUUAUCAACCACCUGGUCUUUUAAUUACUCAUCCCAGUAAACUUAUAGUUUGUGAAGCAUUUGUUUCUCAGAUUCAUGACACUGUUAGAACCUAAAGUAGUAGCUGAUGGGUAUCUGUGAAUUCUUUUUUUUUUUUUACUUGAAGUAGAUUGUCUAAAACAGGCAUAUCCUCAUCUGUGUUUAUCCAAACCUUCCUGUCAUGUGCACUACAAGUUGCAAUUUGGAAAAGUUACUGUAUUAAAAUUCUGUCUGUCCAUGGUUCUAGAAGAGUGAUAUUCUCUCCCAAACACUGGUUACUGCAGCAGCAUUUUUAGUGUUGUAAAAGAAGAAAAAAGGCUCCUAAGGCCAAAGAUUUUAAAAAGUCAUUGUACAAAUACUUAUGUUAAAUUAAAACUGAGCUUUGCUGUAAUACUGUUUUCUCUUCAAAAUGUGAUGGUACAGGAAAGGCGUUAAAUGAAGGGGUGGUAUUGCAGGGGAGCAUUUUAAAUUGAAGAAGUAAAAAAAAGUUAUAAUAUUUAUAAUUUUGAUGAGUUUAUUUUUAUAGGGAAGAUUUUUCUCCCCUAAAAUUGUUUCUCGAAUGGCAAAAUGUUUCCAUUAUUAAAAAUUGAAGUUGUUAGUUGA